AUGGACGAUAUGUCAUACUGUUCAUUUUCUGGAGGAGAGGAGUACACUCACCAUUUCCACCCCGGCAUAUACGUGUGUUCGGAGUGUGGCCAUGAGUUGUUCUCCAGCAGCUCAAAGUUUCAGCACUCCUCUCCUUGGCCUGCGUUCUCACAGACCAUUCACCCAGACAGUGUGUCCAAACACCCUGAAGCAUGGGGUCCUUUAAAGGUGUGCUGUGGAAACAGCGCGCUCCAGUUCAUCCCCAACAAUGCUGGCCUUUAUAUUGAUGAGCUGAAGACCAAAAUGCAGGAGAUGCACCUGAGGAAAGAAAUGGAAGAGCGGAUAAGCAAAUUCAAGGAGGUAAUGAAAGAGGCCGUCGACGAGAACCUACGCCUGAAAUAUGAACUGAACUUUCUGAAGAAGAAUCCCUCCAAGCAGCAGACCCAGGACCCUCAGGAGGGCCUCGCACCACACUAUCCUCAGCAGAUGCGGAGACGCAAUCAACUGUUUAAAGAGCACUGUGGUCACUGGAGGAAGGAGAAUGCUGUUUUGGUUCUUUGGUUCCGAGAAAAUCAACUCAUGGGAUGUAGCGGAUGCAGAGGCAGGUUCAACUCCGGAAAGGUGCUGUCCAAAGCGUCCUUGUCCUUGACCAUGCUCCUUAUCUUCUCCUACUGCUUCUACUGCCUCAGCGGACUGUGCAACUCUGCUCCCAGGACUUUAUACCGGACAGACAACUUCAUGGACUAUGAUUUUACAGAUGAACUGUCGCCCCGCGUCUUCCCUGACGCGCACAACAGCAGUGACGCUCAGCAGGUGGACGUGGGACGCUCUCCCAGCAGCAGCCUCCCGGUGUCCAACACGUUCGGGGCCAAGCGCUUCCCACAGGCGAUCAUCAUCGGGGUGAAGAAAGGAGGCACCCGGGCUCUGCUGGAGUUCCUGCGCAUUCACCCAGACGUCAGAGCCGUGGGCGCAGAGCCGCACUUCUUCGACAGGUUUUACGACAAAGGUCUAGAUUGGUACAGGAACUUGAUGCCACGGACGCUGGACGGCCAGAUCACCAUGGAGAAGACCCCCAGCUACUUUGUGACUAAAGAAGCAGCCGCUCGAAUCUGCUCCAUGAACUGUCAGACCAAGCUCAUCGUGGUGGUGCGGGACCCCGUAACCAGAGCCAUUUCAGAUUACACCCAAACUUUGACCAAAAGCCCUGGCCUCCCCUCGUUCCAGAGCCUGGCUUACAAAAACUCCUCCGGUGAAGAGAUCGAUGACACCUGGAGCGCGGUGCGGAUCGGACUGUACGCCAAACACAUGGACAACUGGCUCCGGCACUUCCCCCGCAACCUCUUUCUCUUCGUCAGCGGAGAGAGGCUGGUGUCCGACCCGGCUGGGGAGAUGGGGCGGGUCCAGGACUUUCUCGGUCUGAAAAGAGUCGUGUCAGACAAACAUUUCUAUUUCAAUGAGACCAAGGGUUUUCCGUGUCUCAAGAAGCCGGAGGGGAGCAGUAGGCCGCGCUGUCUGGGCAAGUCCAAAGGCAGAACACACCCAGAGAUCCCCACGGAGGUGCUCCAGAGACUCCGGCAAUUCUACAGACCCUACAACAAGCUGUUCUAUCAGAUGAGCGGACAGAACUUUGGAUGGGACUGA